AUGGACGGUCAAGAUCUACCAGAACAGCCUCCAAGACAGUCUCACCUGCUCUCCUUGCCGGCAGAGCUUCGAGUACAAAUCUUCGAAUACAUCUUCCACGACUCAACCAAGGACUGCGGCCUCAUCAAACAAAGUGGCCGCCUCAUCAUUGACGACAACUAUGACCCCAACAAAGGCCUGGCACCACUUCUUGUCUGCCAUCAGAUGUAUCGAGACAGCGUCUACCUCGGACUAGCAACAACCAACUUCAUCAUACCCAACCUCUUCGGCGACAUCCCUCAACGACUCUCAGCUCUUCGACCCAAGCAGAUUGAGUCCGUUCGCAACGUCACCUUUAUGGCGGAUGCUCGACAAUUCCGCAAGCUCAUGGACUGGCGACAACAUCCCUUCGACAUGGCGAACCUCCAACUCGACACCCUCACCAUAGUCCUUCACCGAUCAAGCUUCUGGCACUACCUCUUUGACUACACCGAAGGCAUUGUGAAACUACUCCGCAAAUUACAGGGGGUUCGCCGCCUCGUGAUUGUCCGCAACGAUGCCCGCGUCAAAGGCAGCCUCAAGACCUGGUACAACCGGCUUGUCGGGCUGAUUCUGAAGGUCGACCAUCACCAACGGUACGAAGUCUACCCGCCGUGUCUUGAGGAUGUCUGGUGGACGUGGAGUUUCAACAAAACCGAGCAGACGCUGUCACUAGAGGCGAAGCCGUCGAAGCCGCUGGUUGAUGAGGAUGUGUAUUUCCAGACUGUGCUGCCGCUGAUGGAGGACCUGCGAGAUAGUGUGGAGAAUGAGGAGUGGAAUCCGGAUCCCAGGAGUCGGUACAUGUAUUAUUAA